CGUCCUCUUCGUACGUGCUCGCCGUGGGUUCUAAUGUUGUUUGCAGAGCUGCCGACGAUGCAACUACACGAAUUGUCAGACGGCCGGCGAACGGAGUACAGCAGGCUACUACAGCAGCUUCACGAGAUGACUCAGGACCUCGAUGUCAAACUACCAAUAUACUGGAUUGUAUUGAGAUCGGAUAGUAUGAUCCGCAAUCUCGUCGCAAUCGUCUCAUUGGUGGCACAUCAAAGGGCCAGUUAUUCGAGAAGGUCGAACCUGGUCAUAAUUGACCCCUCUGCUCUCAAGAGCAUGCACAACUUACUACAAAGUGCUAUCGAACGCUUCAGACAUCAGACGAUGGAAGCUGCUGUCGCACCGCAACAAAUGGGUGGUGGACUUGCUGAUCGACCAUUCUCCCCACCUUCCGCUCCAAACGACAUUCCCUCCACUCUGUCUAUCCCUCCAAUUCUCAUCCCAGACUUAACUGGACGUAUCACCCGAUGCAGCCAAGACCCCGUCUCUGGCGGUACAUACGGAAAUAUUUACAAAUGUAUGUACCACGGACCAGAUGGCGAUGUACAGGUCGCCGUCAAAGCAAUUCGACUGCAAUUCUUCAAUACGGAGGUAAUGUUUGCAUUUCGGAGAGAGCUCGGGGUUUGGAAGAGAUUGCAUCAUUCUAAUAUCUUGAAGUUCAUGGGUAUUGUUAGAGAUUUUGGCUCCUCUGUGGCUCUGGUUGCUCCGUGGAUAGUCAACGACACUCUGACGUCGUUCCUCAAGUGGAACAAUGGGACCCUCACGCUACGUGAUCGUCUGCUUCUGCUCCGUGACGUAGCCGCUGGCCUCAACUAUCUUCAUACAUUUAGCUUCAAUGUGAACGGACAAACGUACUCUCAUCCAGUCGUCCAUGGAGACCUCACUGGUACCAACGUCCUUAUCGGUAAUGAUGGAACUGCAUACCUUGCAGACUUUGGUCUUUCCGGAACUUUAACACAAUUGCUCGGCGUGACAUCCCUCGCGAAGAUGAGCUGUCAUUCAAGAGCUAUGAGGUGGACAGCUCCUGAAGUUCUUUCAGUGGAGGAAUCAGCCUCGGCACUCACUACUCAAAGCGAUAUCUACUCCUUUGGUUGCAUAAUGCUUCAAAUCUUGACGGGAAACGUUCCUUGGCGUCACUUGAAAAAUGAUUUCGCAAUUUGGUCGAAAGUGACUGCAGGGGAAAUACAUCCUCAUCCCCAUGGUGUUAUUGACCCGCACUGGGAUUUUGUGACCCGUUGCUGGUCUAAGACACCUACCGAUCGACCUUCUGCCAAGGAAGUACUCCAAUUUAUUGACAGCGAGCUUGGUACGAUUGCGCGAAUGGUGUAACUUGCUGUCGGAAGUCGGAGGUCCCCCUGGACCUUCGAAUGCAACGUCAUAUCAUCGGUCUGAUUGGGAGCUGAGAGCGCCAUCCUGGCCACUAGAUCCAUUGUACAU